AACCAGACAGGCACAGCUUGAUUGCACACUCGGACUGAUUACACGCCCACAUAAAAUGGAUUCGGGUGGAAAGUUUACUUUGUAUUCUGGAGAUUUUAACCUUCUUGAAGAAAAUUACACCUACUACGAAUUGUAUGAUUAUGAAGGUUCAUGCUGUGGGAUGUUGUGUGGUCAGGAAGCCAGCAUGGCCUUUGAAGCCAUCUUCAUUCCCAUCCUGUACUCCUUGGCGGUGGUAAUUGGGCUCCUAGGUAAUGUGCUGGUCCUGGUGGUCCUGUGGCAGAAGAAGAGGGCCUGGAGCAUGCCAGACACUUUUGUUCUUCACUUGAGCGUGGCUGACAUCCUGCUGCUGUUGACCAUGCCCCUGUGGGCGGUGGAGGCUGUGAAUGAGUGGAUCUUCGGCAUUGAGCUCUGCAAACUGGCCGGAGCGCUCUUUCAGGUGAACUUCUACUGUGUCAUUUUCCUGCUGGUGUGCAUCAGCUUGGACCACUACUUGUCCAUUGUCCACGCCGUGCAGAUGUUCUCUCUCAAGAAGCCCUGGCUGAUCCAGCUCAGCUGCAUGGCCGUCUGGUUCUUCUCCUUGCUCCUCUCCAUCCCUGACUGGGUCUACCUGGGUGCUACAGAGGACUCCAGACGGGGUAAAACUGAGUGUGUCCAUUGGUACCCCUCUGAUGGGUGGCGUUUAGCCUCCAGAUUGCUCUACCACGUGGUGGGCUUUGUGAUUCCGGCCUUGGUGCUGGUCUUCUGCUACACCCGCAUCCUGCUGAAGCUGCAGAGAGGCUCUCAGAGCCUGCAGAAACAGCGGGCUGUGAGGGUCAUCCUGGCUUUGGUGGUGGCCUUCUUCAUAUGCAAGACUCCCUACAAUAUCACCCUCAUGGUGGACACCAUCCAUGGCAGCCCAAGUAAUUACAUCAGUGACAUCUGUGACUCCACGACAGCUCUGGAUAUCGCCAUGACUGCCACUUCCACUCUUGGCUACCUGCACUGCUGCAUAAACUCAGUCCUCUACGCCCUGUUUGAAGUGAAGUUUCGGCGCCACCUGCAGGACAUGGUCAGGCCUAUCAGCUGCAGGCUGUCUCACAGAAGCUCAGCAUAGUCCAGGUGUGUGGACACCUCUCAUGUCAGCUUUCUGAGAUGAAUGCCAAAAUCACAGUGGUGGGAACAAGUCAGCAAGUUGCAAAUAACAAGUAAGUCUCAAGUCUUGAUUCUCAAGUCCCAAAUCAUGUCCAAGUCAAGACAUUUGAGUCUUCAUUCAAGUCCUGAUUAGGUACAGGCGAGGCUCAAGUCGAGUCCCAAGUCCUAAUCUUUGAGUCUAGUCUAAAUUCUUCAGCUAAUUUAAGGUCGUUUCAUCCCUGAACAUCAAAAAUGAUGGUAACUGUAGCGCAGUCGUUUAAUCACAACACGUUAGUAGUGUGUGGCUGUAUAUAAAGGAAAAGAGUGGUGAAAAGAAUUUUCAAAAGAUGUUUGAACAGAUGUUUUUGAAAAGAUAUUUUGGUAGCACUUUAUUUGGACGUUCCACUGCAGAUUCUUUGUAAGUGUUCAAUGUAUAUUUAAGUAACAUUCAACUGAAUAGCCAUUAAAUACCACUAUAUUCACUAAAUACCAAUUAAUUUCAACUGACCUUGAAAUUCAGUGUGAAAGAGUUUAUUAAACCUGACCUGAAGCCCUAAACCUAAUCCUCACCUUAACCUCAAGACAAA